ACGCGAGAAGUGACUGCGAAUCGCGUUAUUUUUUUAAUUACAAUGCUUGAAUGGUAAGCACAAUCACGCUAGCCGGCGUAGAUUUUUCGGGAGCUUUCAGCUUUGCGUCGGGAAAGAACUCUGAACCGAAACGGGAUUUUGAGCGAGAGAUGUAGAGAACAAAAGAGCGAAAAAAAAAUCUCUUUGAAUUUGAGAGAAGAAUCUGGAAGAAUCUCUUAUCUUGAUGAGAGAAGUUCGAGCGAACAGGAUUUCUUGAGAGUGAUUUCACUUAGAGAGAAAGAGGGGGGGAGAGAGAGAGAGAGAGAGAGAGAGAGAGAGAGAGAGGGAGCACUUGUUAGUAUUCUAGAACUGUCUUCUAAGAACGAGCAAGUUGAAAUAAAAGUGAUAUAAAGAACAAAGAAGAUUUACAAUACAAUUUAAUUGCGAAGAAGAAAGAAAAUCAUACAUGUAUAAACUUGAAAAUAAAAUCAAAUAAAAUAAAAAUAGAAUACAAAAUAUGAGAUAAGUACAGAUGACGAGAAUUCAAGUAUCACAAGUUGCAUAGCUAAGUUUUACCUCGCCUUUGUAAAGAGAGAGAAAAAGAGAGAGAAAGAGCGAGGGGAAGGGAGACAGAAAGAGAGAGAGAGAGAGAGAGAGGGAGAGAGAGAGAGAGAGAGAAAGAUCGCCACUUUCCUGAGUCGAGUUCAAGAACAGGAAAGGGAGCGGGUGGAGAAAGGGCGGGGAUAGAGGGGUCAUAAAAGCGGUCAUGCAACGAGAAUGGUGACGAAAACUAUAUGCUGUUGCGUCGCUAUACGAUUUUUAUACGGUUCUCGAACAAGGUCGUGCGCGAGUGGAAUGACCGUGAUUUAAACCCGUGAAUUAUCGCGCCCGCGUGCGUGCGUGCGUGCGUGCGUGCGUGGUGCGUGCACGCGCACGCGUACGUGUCCGCGCCCGGUUCGACCGGGCGGACAAGCGAGCGGACAAUAAGGGAACAACGAGGGAAGGAACCCGUUCGUUGUCUUUUCUUCCAAUCCGACAAAUGCCAGCUGCCCUUCGGUCCGCUUCGGUACAACUCGCCACGCGGACCUUCUGCGCUACGUGAUCACCUCUGGACGUCCCACGAGUGACACGCAGGUGUAAAUCGUCACAAGAUGGCGUCCAAUGAAGACGGCGAUCUGAUUGAUCUUGGAAACGAUGUAUGUGUGUCGCGGGUCACUGUGGAUGAUGCGACACCCGAAGAACAAGAGCAUCUGUUGGACGUAUGUCCUCCGAAACUGGAGCAGAAACUCUCCCUCACCAAGCAGCAAGAGCGGGUGCUGAACAGCACCGAUAAUGGUGAUAUCCUGGUGACCUUGGGUCACGAUCAAGUGGUACCGAUUCGCAAAAGGAUCGACGUGGUCUCAUCGGACACGAUCAAGCGGGACACGGUGGAUUACGCGACGAUAUCGAGCUGCGAAAGAACGAGAGAAACUUCGACAUUGAGACAUGAGGAUGAAACAUAUGAGACGCGAGAGAUAAACAAUGCUUUUGAUUUCCUCACUGAACACGACGACAACGAAGACCAAGUGGAGACGAGCUGCUCCGAUCGCGCGAGAAACGAGAACAUCGACCCGCAUUGCAUGAUCUCUCCCGUGAGUCUCUUGAUCGGAGGGGAAGAAGACAGGGUCAAUUACCCCUUUGAGUCGUCCAGGAUCUCGAAUGAGGAAGCGAACGGUAGAAGCGACGUGGAGGAGACGAAAGCCGUCACGCCAAGUGAAUACGAUGCUCAACCGGACGAUUCGGUCUACGAAUCUCCGCCGAAUUCAAACAAGUUUCUCGAGGAUAAUUCGCCCAAAGACAGAAUCGUUUCUAUCGAUUCGGAAUCUCGUACGAGAAUCGUUCUCAAGAGACGCGGAGAGGAAAAUGUUGCCUUCGAGCGCGGAAGCAAAAGGCGGUCCUUUCAAGAGUUUCAUCGUAAAUCGUGGACAGAAGGAGCAAACCUAAACUCAGCUUUUACCGAUGGGCUUCCUGGUAUCGAUAGAUCCACCAGUCUCAAGGAAUAUCGCUGCAGACCGUUGAUUUCCAAUUGUGCGACGUCCAGUUUUCUCACGAGACAACCGCCGGAAGUAGAAUCAGCGAUCAAACCGAGCGAGGACGUUUGCUCGGAAGGUUCCGAGGUGGAUUGGUCGUGGCUCGAAGAAGUGGAGUACUUACGAGCCGCGGAGUCGCUCGCAAUCGCCGGUGAACGUAAUGAACAGGGUGGGAGGGUGAACGCCGUCCCCACCAACGGAAGUGCAGGGCGCAGGCGCGCCUCCGAGCAUCGCGAAACGACGAUGGGCCGCAGUGUCGCGAUGUCCGUCACCGCGACGGCAAAGUCCCUAGCAGGUGGUGGCUCGCGGUGGCCAUCCUCCAGUGGCGCGCUUCUCCUGGAUCGUCAAAACAACAAUAACAAUAAUCGUCGCAGCAGUGGAAGGCACCGUCGGUAUCGCAACGGUAAUAAUAACAAUAACGACGACGACGAUGACGAGGCCGCGGCCGCGGCCGCGCGUUGCAACGCUACGAACGAGGCGGUCGAUCGCGAAAAUCGCGACUGUCUGCGUCACCUGCGGUUACCCGAGGGUACGCAACGCGCCAACGUCGGCGGUAACGAACCGGCCAAUCGGCGCGCCGCGAUCGUCUCGGCGCCGAAUUCGUUGCCGGAUAUCGCCCUGAUCGCGCCGGAGAUCCUCGCCGCGCAGACCAAUGGUAGCAGCGCUUCUGGCGCGCUGCUUCGGCCUUCGAGCGCGCCCGCGAGAAACGUGAUCGCCGGCGUCGCGACGCCCCGCCGAACCGGCCGGCAGUUCGCCGGCGGUAGAUCGCAAGGGUCGCGAAAUCGCGAGGUGUCCUCGAGGCAAGGCAGCCUCGGCUCCACGACCACGGCCAGCGACACUACCGCGUCCGGCAACACGACGUGUUCCAGCUCUUUCGGCGGGGGUUCCAGCAGCGCGCCUUCCAGCACGGCGACCAGCCCGCAGCGCGCCGCUGUCAGAAGUUCCAGGAUAUGCGAGAGACAGAGAGAUGCCAACAGGCAUAACGACAGGAGCGAGGACGAUGAUGAGGACGAGAAUCCUCUGGGAAAAUGGCCUCACGCCCUCAGUUCGACCUUCGCGUGUCUCGGCUGCACUCUGGGACUCUUUAACAUCAGCAGAUUCGCUAUUCUUAGUAUACAAUUUGGAGCAAACUUCAUGAUACAGUUCCUGAUCUUGUCCCUCAUAUUAGGCAUCCCGCUGUUAACACUACAAGUAUGUCUUGGACAAAGAUUGGCAGCCGGUUCCGUGGACAUGUGGAGUAUAUCUCCGAUUUGUCAAGGUGUCGGGAUAGCUCUGCUCGUCGCGCAGGCAUUUAUCGGUGUCUACAGUAUAGUCGGUGUAUCGUGGAUGUUUGUGUUCUUCAGAGAUUCAUUCAUAACGAAGCAGGACAAGUAUCGAUGGGCGGAGCCGUUUCUUCUCUAUCGAGACGACCGUUUCACACACAACAUCACCGCUUCGUACAAAUUAUACGAGACUGUUCCGGAUUACUUCAGCGGUGCUGUAUUGCAAAGACAUCAUUUGACUGACACUAAUCCUGGUGUCGUCACGUUGAAGUUCCAAGUGGCCUUCAAUUUAGCCGUUGUGUGGAUGAUUGUAUUUGUUUCACUGAGUAAAGGACUGAGAUCUUACGGAAAAGUUGUAUACGUUUUCACACUAGCGCCCGUGUUUGGCACGUUAGUCCUUUGCGCGAAACUGAUCGGACUUAUUCCGCCGGGAUCGUUUCAAUUUUUCCCUGCCACUGUUUGGAGCGAAUUCUUUAUUAAUGGGAAGUCAUGGGUGGCUGCCUCGAACGAGGUCUUCCUCACAUGGGGUUUACUCGGUGCGGCUGCUAUGCAGAUAGCGGCUCAUAACAAGCACAAGCAUCUCCUACAGCGCGAUAUAAGUCUCGUGGUAAUCAUGACGUUUGUGGUCCUCUUUCUCGUGGCUUUCCUCGCGAAUACCUGCGUACAAAUCCUCAGGCUUCACGGCUACAUCUACACUACUAGUUCUUUCGAGAGAAUAUCAGGGUAUUCGUUUAUAAGGGUUGCCAAUGAUCCAGCACCACCAGGAUAUAGUAUCACGCCAGAGAGAUUCAUGUCUCACGCAUCGUUUCUUCUUGGACAACGCGUAAUACGACCUGGCGUGGAUACAAGUACCGAGUCCGGAUACCAGGUGUUACGGUUAGCCACUGAAUUGGUGCCUUCGACACUGGCAUUGUUAGGCACUGAACAGGUGUCGCCGUUCUGGGCAGUCCUGUUUUAUUUCAUUCUCAUUUCAUUUGGAAUCGCACAACAGCUGGCGAUCUGGCAUUGUGUAAUAACUGGUAUAAUGGCGAUCAAUACGAAAAUGAUGAAGCUCUGGGAGACCACGAUCACGUUGUUUAGCUGUGCUUGUGGUUACAUACUCGGAUUACCUAUGGCUACGGAGUUGGGUAUUUAUGUCGUGUACUAUCUCGAUUACACCGUCGGCGGGGCAUGGUGGAUAAUAUUUUUAUAUCUAAUACAAAUCGUCGCUCUGUUCGCGAUCCGCGGACGGCCACAUUCCGGCGAGGCAGUCGUCGCCGAAUUAUUUCCACCAAGUGGACGAUAUCUCAAGUACUGGGCCGCCCCUCUCCUCUCCUUCACGUGGACCGUUGUUCUCCCCCUUACUUUAAUGGCUCUGAGUAUUAUAGUAUUCAAGAGCGGUGACUUCUGGGAACUGUAUUCUUAUCGUCGCACGAGCAAAGAUUACUGGGUUGUAUGGGCAAGGCAACUUGGAACAGCGAUUCAACUGACACCGAUACUCAUAAUACCGGUAGUGUCCGCCAUACAGGCGUGUCGAUACUUGAAUAACGGACCACCCGAUAUAUUCGAUAGUGAACAGGUGGCAGUAACAAUAAAUCAUUGUGAACAAUGUAACGGCAGAAUUCAAUUGCUUUGUCGGCCAAUGGAUCCAGAAGAUCCUCGCGACGCUCAGACUCAAAUUGGAAAUGUCACCAGCACCAGCUUGCACGGAAACGGAAUCUUACCCACCGCGACCACGGAGAUACCUUUCGAGGAUCCGCCGCCGAAGUACACACCUCCGCCUAGCUAUACUACGGCGACUGGAGCACGGAUCGCGAAGAUGCUGCGGCAAAGCUUCCGGCGAAGCGUGCGGAGGAUCGCGAACGUGUUGGGGGAGAGCAGCGCGCCGCGACAGAGGCCGGCGUUGCAACCACCGCCUCCUGAUUAUGCGACCGUCCUAGUGGAGAUGAAUCAGAGCGGUGUGCCGAUGUCGCGUGAUCACGUCGCGAUCCACGUGUUGUCGGAGCCGCGGCCGGACGUGACGAAUAUUGGCGAUAGCCGGCACGGCAUGGACGUGUCGACGAUCGAGCAUCGUCAUCGGCCGAACACCAUCGACCGUGCCAGCAAGAUCGGCAUCGCGAGCAGAUCGCGCACAAUCGAACGUACUCACUCGACGAUCGAUCGCGGUCGCCGGUCGUGCGCUAACGCUACCACGAAUACUCUGUCCAGUUCGAACUUAACGGCCGCCGACGUGGCGAAUCUGCUUCGUAGCAGUAUACGUAGAGGCACCGCGAGAACACAGCAUUCCUUACGUAGGAGCUUCUGCCACGAGGCACCGACGACGGCGGCGUCCGUCGAAAAUCUAGUCGAAGCCGCUGCACCUAUCGGUGAGGACUCCUUGAUCUUAUCGAAAGAUACGCCUCUAGUCCCUGAUGAACACGUCGGUGACCGUAAUCACUGCGAUGGCGACGAUCACGACGAUGGCAACGACGGCGAGGAGAAAAAGACUGCAAGCGAAAUGGAAAAUUCCGUUUCUGUGAUAUAGACUGAUACAUCGGUUUGCACGAAAUCGGCAUUUCGAGUCACAUCAGCGGGUGACAUCAGCGAUUGACUUAAUGAUUCAUUGCCCCUCUCUCUUUAAGUUGUAAUUUCUACUUGUAAUAUAUAGAUGGAGAAAAGACUUUGUUAAUCAUAAUCGACGUCCACAUCGACGCGAUUUGCUCACAGCCUCCAAGUGCUUGAACUCCCUCGAGAUUAAGAAGUUUUGUUCCCGAGCCCGAGCAAUUGCACGCGCAUGUUACUACUCCGAAAUAUUUUUGUGUUCUUACCGUAUUUAUUUUUUAAUAUGCGAUACUUAUGCAUAUAUACAUUUCUUCGUUAAAGAAAGUAAUGUUUUGCAUAAUAUUGUCUGAUGCACUUAAAUAUCUCAGACCUCGGUCUUGCAUUUCUUUCAACGUCAAAGAGUCAGGUAUACGAUUUUAAUUAAUUAUGAUUUAAUACGAUUUAAUUAACCCUCGUUUAAUCUCAUAAUAGAUGCAAUUUUUUCUUACUGAAUAAAUAAUAUUCAGAAACGAAUUUAAUUGCAGUCCCAAAUAAGUCAUGUAAAUAUACGGGCCUUCGACCUCUUCAGUAGUUAAGCAAAGAAGAAUUAUACUAUUAUUAUACCAAUAAAGUAAUGCAGUAUUCAUGUAAAAAAAGUACAUUGGACUCCUAAUUCUUGCGUUAUCUCUGCAGGAGAUUAUGCGAAAAGGAAGUGACUGAAUUAAAGAAACAAACGAUUAGAUCAUACAUUUUCUUAGCUCUCCCGGCUGUAAACUUAAGCCUAAUUCCUUAAAUAGAAUAUUUAAUAAUAGCAACGUGCUUCAAGUCAAUUUAUUUGCGGCGAUAUCUGCGUAACAUAAUCGUGUACUCUUGUUUAUCGUGUAAAUAAUUGUAGUAUUUUAGCGAAUAAACAAAUGUAGCAUUUAAAAAAAAUUACGUUACAAUUUUAAAUCGCUAGAUAUCUCGUCUAUCAGCCUCGUAAUGCGAGAGUGUAUAGUCCGUCCAGUAUCGUCGAUGUUUUCCGUAUUUUUCUGUUGUGACUCGUCGUGAGAAUGAUUGUUACCGCAAGCUAGAUUCACAUGAUAUUAUCAUCUCGAUUUGAAUGAAUACUAUCGAAAAUGUUCAGUCAGAAAGGAGAAGAAAAGAUCUCAGACAGCCAAGUCUGUCGAAAACAAAUUCUACAAAGUGUCUGCUAUAAAUUUUCGACAAAAAAAUUAUUAUAUAUAAUUACUUUGAUACAAGAUGUGGUAUAUAUACAAUGUUUAUGACAAAUGCUAGCAGAAAUAUCUAGCAAAAUUUCUCAAUGAAAUAUGAUGGCAAAUUGAUGGCACAGAAAUCAAGUAAAUUUCAGAAGAAGUCACACUUCUUACACAGUUCGUCUCAGAAAUAGAGUAAAAUCCACGUUCGAUAGAUUCUACUCGAUUUCUACUGCCAAUUUGCUAUCACAUUAUGUCAGCAGGCUCAGCCGGCGAAACACGAGCUUAAUGUGGAUACAAUCGAUACCAAUUUGCUAGCAAUUUUUCAUCGAAUUUGUUACCAAUUUGCUAGCAUAUUGGCGGACAAGUUAUUUACUGGAAUUAUGCGUCGUAUAUUCUCGUGAUUUUUCAUCUUAUUAGCGUUAAACAUUUAGAUAUUCAAUUCUCCGUAAGUGUAACUGCUAUACCUGAUAUUAUGGACCACAAUAAAGUUUUUAUGUUCUUGUAAA